AUGGUCAAGACUUCACAGAGGAAGCAGCGUGACUGUGUGAACCAGUCCAAACCAAAGCCUGGUUUAAGCAUCUCCAUCCCCUUGAGGAUGUCCAGUUACACGUUCAAGAGACCAGUUACGAGAAUUAUAUCACACCCAGGCAAUGAGGUUAGAUACCAUCAAUGGGAGGAGAACUUGGACAAGCCCCAACAGGUCUGUUGGCAGAGGAGGCUGCAAGGACUCCAGGCGUACAGCAGUGUCAGGGAGCUCUUCAGCACUUUAGAUCUCACUAAAACUUUGCAAAAACUUGCACCUGCUUGCAUAGGUGCACCCAUACCGGGGGCUCUGGCUGGUGGUCUGCACCCCAGCUCCGUGCCUGCCCUUGCCCCUUCUUCACACUUUGUGGAGUCGAUUCCCGGAGCCAGUCUGGGCAGCCCCCAGCUCCUCUGCAAACAGUUCCUGGUGACUGAGGAAGAUAUUAGGAAACAGGAAAGGAAGGUGAAGAUGGCAAGAGAGAGACUGGCAAUAGCCAUGAUUGCAGACAGACUAGCCAGGGAGGCAGAGAAAGCACGGGGGCCCAGAUGGGCGUCCUCGUGA